GUUACAACAGAUGCAUGCCCAGCAGGCAUGGGUGCACCAAUUGGACAAGGCAAAAAGUGGCAAACUUGCCACCCCACCACAUUCAUGUCCGAGAAGUUCACCAACACACAACAUAGGUACUUUGCAUACAAACUGGAGGCACUCAUGAUGACUGUUAGAGAGCAGCGGUUGCAGAUGAUCCCAGAGAGGAAUUGGAGACUUAGCAAGGAGGGACCUUGGCCUCAGCAACUCAAGGGGAGCGCUGUUCCAAGCUUCAUAGACCCCCUAGGCACUUUCACUGCUUGUAUUCUAUACUUUGCACUUCUCCCUCACCCUAAUUUGGACUACUGCUUCUGUCAUAUCCGUCCAUGGCCAUCACCCUCCACUACCUCUGGUCCUUCUGGAUUACCUCCACUCCUUCGUCACUAA